UUUUCUUUGGUAUGCAACUCUUGAAUACAGUACAUCUAGGGCGCAGAUUCGGCUGCUGAAGAUUCUGCUACGUAUUUCUACAUAAGUAAUCAUACAUUCUCAUCUUAUGCCUUGACGCCGACUUCUCUCAUCCAAUGUUUGUUAUAUUAUCUCUGACACAUUCUUUGCCAGUUGCAGGACAAAUACUGAACGCCUGUUGUUGUUGCCGAUGUACCACAAGUGUAGCGGCGAAGCUGUCCUAACGUUAUAACGUCACCGAGACCGACAAGAAGCUUUCCACUACCAUACACUACAGCGCCCGCGGCGAAUAUCCCAACUCCGGCGAGGGCAAGGGGGGCAAUAAGUAUGAUGCCCAAACCUUGAAGAAGAGGGUGUAUCAUCCUCUUCCGAGGUGGACCUCUGCGGCGCGCCGCAUGAGAGAGAUCACUUCGCGAGAGUGCUGCUCCGUCCCGUUCGCAUCUUUGCUUUUGACGGCCUGCUCGUAGCUCUUCGUCUCGCUGGACAAUUGGUGAAGGACUAUCUUCCACUCCUCUUCAUCCUUGGAUUUGAUGUCUGAAUCCUUUCCACCGAACAAUGUCAUCCUGUGGGUGUAUGCCUUCAGUGUGGCGAACACUUCGGAGAAAGUAGUCUCACUCAGACUUAUAUCAGUCGUAUUUGCGACGGCGAUGGUCUGAGGGGUUCUUUAUGAGUAUAGGGGAACAAAGCGAGGACGAUAGAAAUACAAGGCAAGAAAUGCGCCGCAGCAAGCGGCGUCGCCUUAUCAAAUACAUUACUUACAAUCCUGGCUCCUGUCGCAUCGGGUUCCCCCUGCUUCGUAAACCAAGUGAAGUGAUCUUGCGCAGUAUACAUCGUAUUGGGAUGCAACCAAAGGCCCUCCGAAUGACCCCAUGACGUGCAUCUGAUAGAUAUUGAUCGUUAAAUGGCCUCCAUCUCAGCGCAGAGUGACGUCUUACCUCGAAUUUUUACCAGGAGACCGUCCUCCAUUGACUUGCGAAAUCCGUCAAUCUUCAAGCAUCUCGUAGACUUCAGAGCUGAGUUCAGUCUAGUAACAUUCGCUACAAUAUCAGAUAAAUACAAUGUUACAAAGUACGUCCAGACCGAACAGCAAAGAGUGAAUCAUCCCAAAGGUGUUCAGGAUCUCAAUCGACCGAAGGUCAAGGCAUCCCCCAGUCCAACGAAUACCAUCCCAGCUCCGUAUAAAAUGGCACCUGCGGCGAAGACUACACCGCCCGCCAUUACAAACGGAGCUACCAGAAGCAUAGCUAAACCUUUGGCAAUGGGAUGCGUCAUCUCUUCCCUUUCGUCCGUCCCAGCUCUGCCCCAAGUCUCAGCAUUUUUCCUGAACUUCUCUUUCACUUUCGGGUCGGGAUGGACAUCUGCCGCUCGAUACAUGAGAGCGGGAAUAGAUUCGGAGUGUUGAGCUAUCGCGGACGAGUUCUUGCUCUUCGAGGCAUCUUGAUACCUUUUAUUCUCGAUAGUGAGCUGUAGAAUUAUUUGUCUCCACUCCUCUUCGCCUUGUUCAUGCGCCCCUUUCUUGGACAUGUCUUGGUAAUGUGCGCUAUACGGUCAAUAACGGGUCACCUUGCGUACCAGCCUGAAUCUCAUCGUACUUACAGGACAAUUUUCUACUCAGGGAUUGCACAGGUAGAGGUGACUGUAUGGGUAAGGAGAUUUGGAGCGCGAAGGGAUGCCAACUGCUACAUGCAUUAGAAGGCAUGCAUAUUGAUUGGCCUCGGGUUGGCAGCAUGCGCUCAGCACCUGGUUAAUUAUCUCUGUGUUGCCAUUCACAGGCCGUAAAUAAUGUCCCCCUCGAGGA